CUUUUUACCAAAGUACCCCUGGAUCGGAGACUCAAACCGUUCCGCACCCUAAUUGGAAAAACGACCGACCAUAGAUAGUUCUAUCGCUACGGGGAUAGCUAAAAAUGGCCUCUCCUCCACUAACAGUCUUCACAGACUCCUCUAAUCCCUUUUUACACAACAAAGCCGCCAUUCUUGUCCAUCAAUUCCGAAUUUCCUCCACAGGUCGCCGGAGGCUUUCUCACAGGCCGAUCGUCCGAGCGUCUAUUAGCCGCCGGCAGCUGAUAACCGCCGCCGUGAUUGCAGCCUCGUCGUCUAAAGCUGCCGACACGGGAGAGAUCCGAGCUAAUUUUAGUACUAACAAAUCCAAGCAGGAGAGACGACCAAGAUUCUUCGACUUAGAGGCCAGAAAGAUGUGCUGGGCCAAGGCCGAAACCGUUCCCGGUCGAGAUCCCGGGAGGUGGAGAAAAGACGCCGCGGGAAACAUUGUCGGCAAGCGUUUUCACAGCUGCCAAGGUUGCCUCUGCUUCGAGUACGACCAUGUUAUCCCCUUCUCCAAAGGCGGCGAGUCGGUGCCGGAAAAUUGUCAAAUUCUUCAGACCAAGGUCAAUAGGUUCAAAGCAGACAAGGUUGCGGUUGACAAAACGCAACUGAAAGGGUAUUCUUGCGCCAUCAAUUUCAGUGACAAAGAACUUGACACCAUUGAGAUUGGUGUUUAUGGAGACAUUAUGCGACCGGGGAACCGAUGCCGUGUCGCAACUAUUGAUGAAAUGGUCGGAAUAUACAAGUCUAAAAACACCAUUGUUACUUGCAACUCUGGGAAUUGAAGUACAUACUAUGUAUGUUCAAAUCUUGUUG